UACGAAUUUUACUUCACAUUUUUUGAUUCUUAUCGCAAAGCAGAUUUUCUUUGCCGAUCGGUAUUCUCGGCAAUUAUCUACCGAGUCCGUCGGUAACCUGCUCGCGAUGACACGCGUACGUUCGUUUUCGAUAGCGUCUUCCCGGUGUCGCUUCUGAUUGUGUUUUUCAAAACGUGGUGUUGAAUUGAACAUUUUGAAACUAACGCUCGUAUAUACGCACUGGAGUCGGACUGAAAAAAGAAAAAGAAGCAUUGGAAGAUUCCGUGCGCCCGACCGGGUGGCGUGCAUGCAAAAUCGUAUGUACAAAAUGGGCGAGUAUUCGAAUAUAUAUUCCUUCCACGACAAGACCCUCGCCGAGAGACUGGAGGAGUACACCAACAUACUGUCCACGCCAGGGAGGAUAGUACCCGCGUCGACUAUCCGGACGGAAUGGGUCUGCGACGUGGAGCUCGUCAUUGAACCGGUCGGCUGGCAAGCGUUGUGGAAAAUAUCGCGUGCUACGUGCGAGAAUUAUAGUAUCCGUUACCCGACGAUCGUCCUGGUGGAGGUGCUGGGGAUGGACUACCCCACGUUGAAUGCCCUGGUGAAGAUCACGGCUGUUCAGGAUGACAUACACCUGCCCAAGAAGCACGAAGUGCCGCUGAUCGAGCUGUAUCCCACCAUCGACCAGACGAAUCACAGCUUGGACAUAGUGGGCACUGCGCAUUGCGUGGACAGACUGCGGUUUUUUUACAAUUACCUGUGGAUGCCAUGGGACGAGGACGAGGAUGAUAAUAUCGAUUGGGUGGAACAGCAUCUGGAGCGUAGAAUCAGACUAUUCUUUGAUAUGAAUAAUGGAGCUAUCAGUAAAGACACAUGUGACAUUAUUAGAUCGCUAAUCAGUGAGGGAAGAGAAGUACAGAAGAAGAUUUCAACAUAUGAAGCCUUGCUGCCUGAAGACUUCCAUGAAGACAAUGUGCCUGAAGAAUUGGCACAGGAAACCUGUGCCUUGAUGAAGCUUCACUUUCGACUUCAGCAGAUUAAAGCUGAAAUGGAUCUGUUGGAGAAUCCUUCAUUAAGAGGAUUGCUUGGGAAAAAUCAGGCGUAUAAUAGAAGAAAAAAGUGCAGCAAUAAUGAAAAUAGGAAAAACAUGUAUUACUUUGUGUGGUUGGGUGGUGUUGUCAAAGAAUUGCAAGAACUUUCUAGUAAAAUUCAAACAAUGUUACCUGAGGAUACACCUAUAAAAAUCUGUGGAUACCUGGAUGAUGUCAUGGAUACAUUUGAAACUGGUGAUACCAUUUUGCUAGGUGAAGGAAAUCACACGAUCAAAGAUUCUAGUGGGUUAGAAGAAGGAGGUGCAAUUAUAGGAAUCUCUAACACAGAAAAGACAAUAAUUUCAUCUCCUGAUCCAAAUAUAUCGUCAUCUCUGUUUGAUUUAUCUGGCAAUGAGAUAUUGUUGAAGAAUAUCUGCAUUGACUUGGGAGCACUUCAGGCAGGCAUAAUUGCCAGAAAGGACUGUACUGUACUUAUAACUGGUUCCAGAAUACGUGUUUCUAAUGUCACUGUAAAUACUGCUAAAUGGGGUGCGGUUGUUAUGCCGGGAGCUAAAUUAGUACUCGAGAAUGUAAUUUUCCAAGGAUUAGGGACUGCUAUCAUUAUUUAUGGAACUGGUGAAGUUGUUAUGAAUGAUUGCCACUUUGAAAACUGUUGUGAGGGCAUACUGCUCAAUGAUAAUGCACGUUUUACCGCGACCAAAUGUUCUUUCGAGUAUAUUCAAAACGGACGUGCCAUAGUGAUGGAAACUGAAAAAGUAACUCGUUCGAAAAAUGUAGAAGUGGGAAGCGAAUUGAGCCCUGUGUCUCUUAAAAACGUCUCUGUAAACGAAUGUAAAUUUUCUAAUAAUGAUGACAAAGGGAGUAUCAUGUUAAGACCUAAAGACACUGCCGCUCUUGUGCAUAGAGACGUUAAUGACGUGGUAGAAGAGUCAAAUGCAAAAGAAGAAGUUAUGGAAUUAUGAGUUUCACAUUAUCAUACUAUCAUAAAUUCUUCUUAGACUCAUUUUUUUGAUACAAAAUGCAAGCUUAUUGGUAUAUUUGUAAAAAGAAAUUUUAUAAACUUUUGAAUAUUUUUCUACGGAAAUAUAACUAGUUAAAGAAAA